CAACGGACGUGGGUUAAAAUUUUUUGUAAUAAAAAACUUGAUAAUUUUUUAUUACAUCAUCAAAAGAUUGGAUUUUUAAUAAUGGGGAAAUCCAAGAAACGUUCCCGAUCAAAUUCAGUGGAAAGUAGAUCCCCCAAGAUAUCUAAAAAAGAUUUACAAUGCCAAAUCGAGGCCAUCGCCAAGAGCGUCCAAGAUCUGGUAAAAGCGCAACAAGAGUUGCAGGCUACAGUUAAAGAAACUGCAGAGCAGAAUAGAGUGGAGGCCAGUAUUUCCAACAAGGAAAGUAUAGAACCCAAUAAGGGUACUGAGACAUUGACCAGUACGGCAGUAGCCGACGAUUCCCGGAAGGAAGACGUAGGGGUUUUGGAAGACGGAGAAGUUCCGGAAGAGUUUUUAGUAGAGGAUGAGCAUGACUUGGACGAUGAACUUCGUGAAGUACUUGGGGAAGAGGUUUCAAACACGAAUACCUCAGUCAAGGUAAAUGACAGCCUGAAAAAAUGGUGGGAGACUUGGAUGUCAAAGGGCUUAACUGAAGAGGUUAAGAAAGCUCUACUUAAAAAAUAUGUUAGAGAUGGAGAAUUCCGAACUGAAGCACCCAAGGUUAACCUUGAAAUUCAGCGUCACUUGACUGAGAUCGCCAAAAAACGUGAUGCUCACUUUACUGAUACGCAAAAUUGUGUAGGAUCAGCGCUAUCAUCGUUAAGCUCAGCCAUAUCGAUGCUGUCAGAUAACUCAUCAGAGGAGAUUGAUCAAAUUACUCUGAUGAAAUAUCUCUGGGACACGGGAAAAAUCUUAAGUGAUGUUUUCCACCAACAGUCAAUAGCGAGAAAAUCAUUUAUUACUCCGACUCUGGAUAAGGACAUAAAGGCUACGCUAGAGGCUAGUAUCCCAGAUGAAUGGCUUUACGGUCAGAAACUCAAUGACCAGGUUAAGGAUGCAAAAGCCAUCGUUAAAGCGGCUGCAUCUUUAAAACCUUCUGACAAACCAGUUGUCAAGAAACAGGCAUUCAGGACUGCGUCUCAGGGAAACUUGAGAGGCCCACCUGCGAAGUUCAGGCAGGUGGGCAACUAUCAGCAGAGGAGAUUCUUCUCGAACACGAGGUACAAACCGAGAUCCACGACAGGGAUGGCGAAGACUUCACUGAAGCCCAGCUCAGAGAAGAACAGGAAGUAGCGGAGAUUGUUGUGGAAGAACAACAAGAGGCAGGAGUGUCACCCCCUAGCGAACAAGUUGUCACUAGUGGUCGGCAAAUUAUCCGGCAGGCCUUUGUCACCAAGGGCAUCGGAGAGGAAUCAAUAGACAUCAUGCUCAGUUCUUUGUCAGAG